GGACCAUCCUCCCCUGCAGCGAAACUCGGCUGGAAGGUCUUCUAGAAGUCUGGUGCCAUCAUGUGCAUAUCGCUAAUCAGGCUGGAAUGACCUCUCCGCGAUAGGAGUGUAUGAUGGUGUCAUUGCAAAGGAUCACCCUUCCAGCACUCCGCCGAACACACUUAUCAGACCCGGUAUUCCGCUCUCCGACUUCAUCUACUCUUCCCCCGUCUCUUCCCCAGAUCUUCCCCCAGUGGCGCCAGUGGAGACGCAACUUAUCAACGUAUGACGAUCAUGGAAACUUCGCUGCGAAACGUUCUACACGCCAACGAGCCAGCAUAUGAUUCAUCAACCCUUCCACCCGGGCAUUUACCGGCGUCCACUGACGCCCUCCUCGGGCCCGUCGAUGCUCGAAAUGGAGUCAGCAAGUCACGAAAACGGCCUGCCACGCGGAUAAAGUCGUCUUAUCCGCGGAAAAGAGCCAUUCAAGCGUGUCAGAAGUGCCGAGUAAGGAGGACCAAAUGCAAUAAUGCAAGACCUUCGUGCUCUGCCUGCUUGUCGAUUGGUGCCGAAUGCACCUAUUCUGAAGGAGAUCAUUCUACGUACGCGAUACCAGCGGCCCAACUUCGGACUCAGUGGUGUUGAAUACAUUUGACUGACCUCUUCAGAUUCGAUUCGGCCAGUCUAGCGAUCCUGGACAAAUUGAAUACUAUCGAGGAACUCCUGAGAGGCAGCAAUGAUGACAGGCGGACCGCUGCAACAGCCGCUCCAAGUAGUGCCGAUUCCGAUGCUCGAGGGACUCUGUCUCGGCUUGAGUCCCUGAAUUCACCCAGCCUGGAGAGAGCCAAAGACUCUGCCCCCUUUCACAUGAACAUUGAAGGCGUGCUAUCGUGGUCCGUCUUUGAUGACCUAAGCCCGAACCUGGACCUCAAAGGUCUCCUCAAUUCUGGAAACCAGGUCGUACCACUACAGCUGUCGGUAGCCACGGAGUUUGACGAGCACUUUGCAGAAGAGACUCUCGUCGCACGUUUUAUGAACAAUGUCUUCAUCUACAAUCCCGUCUUAGAAGAAGCCAAGAUUCAUCGGUAUAUGCGUGAUGCUAGGUUCAACGGUAUUGGCUGGGAUGCCCAGUCAUGCUUACUGCUCCUCAUCUAUGCUCAUGGAUCGAUUGUCGGGCCCUUCGAUGGAGGCCACCAGCCAGAUGCCUCCACAUUCCGCUCUACUCCUCAGUUCAAGCAGGCAGAAUCCUUCUUUUCGGCAGCUCAGAAGCGAAUGGGUCUAUUACUUUGCAGGACUGGCGUACUUGAAGCACAAUGCUUUUUCCUGGCUGGCGUGUACCUGAUGGCAACGUUACGCCCUAUGGAAGCAUGGAAGAUGUUCGUACAGGCUCUUGCCUGCUGUCAAGCAUUUUACACGGAGAAAGAAUCACCAGAAGCCGACCGAGAAGGUGAACAGCGAUUGCGGGAGAGCAUAUAUUGGACGUGCUUCAAGUCCGAGCUUGAGCUCCGUCUCGAACUCAAUGUCUCCGAGACAUCAGUCUGGGACUUGACAUAUCCGGCUUUCUUUCCCUCGCCGCCAGAUGGACUCCGGUCGCAACGUGAGAUCGUAUGGUACUUCUACCUUGCCGAGAUCGCCCUUCGUCGACUCGGCAAUAGGAUCCUGAACUAUAUCUACGACACGAAAGCUGCGAGCUCACUGGCCGACGUGGCUGAGUCGGCUGUUGGAUUUGAACAACAAGCUGCAGAUUGGCUGCGUUCUCUUCCCCAAGCACUUGACCUAGACUCCUCAUCUGUGGGCGAAGAGAGCGAAUUGCAUCAUUCCCUGAAAUUCAUCCUGAAAGGACAUCUCCUUGACUGCUACGAAAUGAUGUAUUGGCCUUUUAUUGUCUACGCUGUCAACUAUGACACACCGGAACGGACGGCAAGUAUAUCGAAAGCGGUGAUGGACUCUUUCGUACAAAAGGCUCUUAUGGUUUGUGUGGAACGAAUCGAGAAGAACGAACAAGGAUUCUACUACCGCCAUCAUGGGACAUGGUUGAUGUUGAGGUCUUGUACAAGAAGCGCCUUUGUGCUGCUGGCUACUGCGCGGAUUGAGAGAUUGACCUUGUUGCUGCCGGAGAGAUGGCGACACGCCAUCGAAAAGGUCAUCGAGAUGCUGCGGUUCUGGAGGCGGGAAAGUAGGGACGUCGAAGAUAGGCUGCGUCUUGUCGAGGGGCUCUUGGAUGGGCUGAUUAAUCGUCGUUGAAUGGUCUGAAAGCUUGCUGCAGCAGCAGAACCAAAACGCAAGCGGAAAAGGCUGAGUAGCAACGCAUAAAGUGAAGGCAUGGAGGUCUGAAGCUGAGAAGGAUAUGGUGACCCAUAAGUAUAGGAGCCGAGGGUGCUGACAAUUAUGAUGACUAUGAUCCCUACCUAGGUAUUCUACUAUAGUACUCAGGACUCGGCACCUUCCGAUGUCCGAGGGAAUACAUCGACACCAAGAC